GCGGGGCGGGCUGAGAGGCCGCGGGUCGCGGCGGUCAGCUCGUCCCUCUGUGCACUGUUCCGGCGCUGUCACCAUGUCCCUGGCGGCUGCGGCGGGCCGGGGCCCGGGGGCCGUGUGGUCCCCAACACACGUGCAGGUGACGGUGCUGCAGGCGCGGGGCCUGCGGGCCAAGGGUCCCGGGGGCACGAGCGACGCGUACGCCGUGAUCCAGGUGGGCAAGGAGAAGUACGCCACCUCGGUGUCGGAGCGCAGCCUGGGCGCGCCCGUGUGGCGCGAGGAGGCCACCUUCGAGCUGCCGCCGCUGCUGUCCGCCGGGGCCGCGCCCGCGGCCGCCGCCACCCUGCAGCUCACCGUGCUGCACCGCGCGCUGCUCGGCCUCGACAAGUUCCUGGGGCGCGUCGAGGUGGACCUGCGGGAGCUGCACCGGGACCAGGGCCGCAGGAAGACCCAGUGGUACACCUUGAAAUCCAAACCAGGAAAGAAGGAUAAAGAGCGAGGAGAAAUUGAGGUUGACAUCCAGUUUAUGAGAAACAACAUGACUGCCAGCAUGUUUGACCUUUCCGUGAAAGACAAGUCUCGGAAUCCAUUUGGGAAACUGAAGGACAAGAUCAGGGGGAAGAAUAAGGAUAGUGCGUCAGACACCGCUUCAGCCAUCCUCCCCAGCACAUCACCCUCUGUCGACAGCGAGGAUGAGUCACCUUCGAAAGACAAGAAAAAGAAGUCGAAGAUUAAGACCUUGUUUUCCAAGUCUAACCUGCAGAAAACACCACUUUCCCAGUCCAUGUCUGUCCUGCCCACUCCAAAGUCAGACAGAGUGCUGCUGCGUCCGGGAGACUUUCAGUCCCGGUGGGAGGACGAUGACAAUGAGGACGAGUCCUCCUCUGCCUCGGACAUCAUGUCUCACAAGAGAACAGCAAGCGCGGAUCCUAAGCAACUGAACCAGGUCAACCUCACCCUUCCCAAGAAGGAAGGGCUCUCUUUUCUUGGCGGCCUUCGGUCCAAGAACGACUCGCUUUCCCGCUCUAACGUCUGUAUCAACGGGAACCAUGUUUACGUGGAGCAGCCAGAAGGCAAGACUGAGACCAAGGACAGCACCUCUUCUUCCCCGUCCCCUCAGGGCUUCAGGAAGAAGCAUUUGUUCUCCUCCACAGAAAACCUGUCUCCUCGGGCCUGGAAGGAACCCGGGGACGGGGGCGCCGUGUCCUCUGACAAGUGGCUCUCUGAGUCUUCCACAAAGAACUCUCCGAAAUCCAUGACCCUGCCGCCCUCCUGGCCGCCGGGCAGCGGGGACAUUCGGGAAAACACAGCUCCGGCGAAAUUGGAGGCCGUGAAAGAAUCCAAAGAGAGUAAGAAGCACGAGAACAGGAAGUCCUCUUUGCUUUCUCUGGUGACAGGAAAGAAGGAUGUGGCCAAGGGCAGUGAAGGCGAAAGCCCCGCUACCACCCCUGGGAAGGAGCAGGAGGGCCCGCUGAGGGCGGACGGGCCGGGGCCUGCUGAAGGCCUUGUGAAGAGAUCUGAGAAGGAGACUCUGGCUGUUGUCUCCGGACGGGGAAAAUCCCUGAACCCCUUUGAAGAAGUGCAGGGCACAGAACCGGAGGCUGACCCAGAGCCCAAGUCUGAACCGACACCACCUGUUCCCUCUGCCAGGGCGCCCCAGACCAAAGCCGUGAAACCUCGACCUCAUCUUGUGAAGCCAAUGAACACGACAGCCACCAAGAUUGCUAACUCCAGCUCGGGAACUGCCACUAUCAUCAGCGAGAACUUGAUCAACGAAGCUAUUAUGAAGAAAUACACCCCCUCGGACCCCGCUUUUGCUUAUGCACAGCUCACCCACGAUGAGCUGAUCCAGCUGGUCCUCAAACAGAAGGAAACAAUAAGCAAGAAGGAGUUCCAGGUUCGAGAGCUGGAGGACUACAUCGACAACCUGCUCGUCAGGGUCAUGGAAGAAACCCCCAACAUCCUCCGAGUUCCGGGUCAGGUCGGCAAGAAGGCAGGGAAGAUGUGAAUGGCCAGCGUACAACACUGAGACUUUUUUGUGUCCUGCCCUUCUCUUUUAUUCCUGCGUGUUAACCUCAUCAGGGUAGCAGCCUGGAGAAGCAAGCAAGUCUGCCCUUCGCCAUGUGGAACAGCUGUUGACCUGAGUGGAAGGGUGUGUGCACGUAUGCAUGAACCAGUGUGACACAUGUGUGUGGUUCCGGCUUUGCUAACAGCGGGAGCUCAAAAGGGCAUCAAGGAGAAAGGUCCAUGACACUCAGCCACAUACUGUAUUGAAGGCCAGAGGCAAUUUAAUGUUAAAUUAUGCAGGAUCUUUCCUCACUGGGUCCUUCUCCCAGUUGACUUUUUAUUUUUAUUUUUUUAGAACUACAAAUAAAUAAUCCCUCAAGGCUGAAAGAUUAAUUGUCUUAGGUGGAGAACAUAAUCUCCUAGUAUCCUCGCCAACCUCAACCCUGCGGUUUCUCGGUAUCUAUUAUGUGAGAUACAAACCUGACCUCUUCCUCCCUCCGACUCUUGAAGGAUCGUCCAGUGUUUUUGGAUUAUAGAGUUAUUUCCUGCUUUGUUACUUUGGGAAUUUUGAAUUUUUCUGAUUUUGUUGGUAAGAAGUAACCUAAAAUUUCCUACAACACUAAAUAAAAUGGUACUACCUUUCAAA